AUGGCAAGAACUUUCGAAGGAGCAGAACCUACCACCUCCAGUACGAAGGAACUUUUGCCCAAUCUUGUCGAUGCAAUCGCUGCAACGGAACCUGAAGCUAUCUUCGCCGAAUAUCCUGUGAAUCUCGUCAGUUAUGAAUCUGGCUAUCAAAAGUUUUCAUAUGGGUCGUUGGCAAAUGCCGUUAAUGGUAUAGCAUGGUGGCUUCAAGAAAAACUUGGACCUGGGGAAGACUUUCCUACCUUGGCUUACAUUGGUCCCAAUGAUAUUGUCGUUAACGCUUUCUUAUUGGGAGCUGUCAAGACUGGAUACAAGGCCCUUCUUAUAUCACCAAGAAACAGUAUACGUGCGCAGGAAAAUCUGCUCAAUUUCACCAAAUGCAAAACUCUGGUCACAACAAGCCCCCAAUCAACCCAGCUACAACCCAUGAUAGCUGCCCUAUCUUCAAUGGGUAUUCAAAUACUCGAAUUACCUAACAUUCUAAACCUGAUCGGAAAACCUCACGAAAAUUUCCCAUUCAAGAAAACUUUCGAAGCCGCUAAAGAUGAGCCUUUCAUGGUUCUACACACUUCUGGGACCACUGAGCUACCGAAGCCCAUCGUGUGGACUCAUGAUUAUAUUGCUACGGGCACAGCGCGGAUUGAAGCUCCUACCGGCUAUGUUAAUCAAAUGGACUUAUAUGCUGGAGUCCGUAUCUUUAAUACAUUUCCAAGUUUCCAUGCAGCCGGUGUCUUCUUCGGUUUAAUCAACGGAAUCUCCAGACGGAGUAUUUCAAUAUAUCCAAUAGCUGGUCUUCCUUCAGCUAGUCUUUUGAUUGACGGCCUCAAGCAUAAUAAUGCUGAUAUCGCGGUUCUCGUCCCACCCUACGUUGUUGACCUUGCCCAAAGUACGGAAAGUCUAGAUUUCGUUGCCAAAAAUCUAAACCGUAUCUUUUAUCUUGGAGGUGCUAUUCCACCGGCCGCUGGAGAUGUCAUCUCUUCUAAAAUUGAACUUAUCGGCCACGUGGGAGCCACAGAGACGGGGCUUUACCCUUCCCUGAAGCCAGUCAACACACGAUCCAACUUUUGGGGUCACCACCAAUUUGAUACCUGCGCAAAUAUAUCCUUUGAGCAUCAGGCUGAUGACCUUUAUGAAGCUGUCUGGAAUAGAAACCUUGAGCCGGAAAAAUUACAACCUAUCUUCAAAACAUUUCCAACGCUCCAACAGUGGAGAUCCAAAGAUCUCUACUCGCCACAUCCUACGGAACCAGAUCUCUGGCUUUAUCGCGGUCGAGGAGAUGACAUUAUCGUUUUCCUCACCGGAGAAAAAACGAAUCCCAUUUCCAUGGAACAUCGACUCAAUCAACACCCAGAGAUUCGUCAAGCAAUGAUUAUUGGUACAUUGAGAUUUCAAGCUGCUCUCUUAAUCGAACUUGUCGAUCAAAGGCCAAUGACUGCGACAGAAAGAGCAGAGAUUAUUGAACGUAUUUGGCCUGCUAUAGAAGAUGCUAAUUUGACAUGUCCGGCACACGCCAGAGUUGCAAAAUCUCAUAUUCUUUUCACGGAGCCAGGGCAUCCAAUCCUAAUGUCCGCGAAAGGAACUAUACAACGAAGUCCCACAUUACGAGAAUAUGCUUCUGAGAUAGAGAAGUUAUAUGUUGAUGCUGACAGGAUGUCUGCAUACAUUGCGGGUGAGAAUGACGAAAAUGAGGAGCAUGUCGAUAUCCACGAUAUCGAGGCAGUACAUAAACUCUUACGUCAGACUGUUCUCAAAGUCUCUAAAUGGGAUGAGGUCAAAGUACGAAAUGAAGAUAAUCUUUUCGUUCAAGGAAUGGAUUCUCUGCAGGCAUUGCAACUCAUACGAAAUUUAAGAAAAGCUCUAAAUAAGCCCGAUCUCGCCAUCUCUAUCUUAUACACCAAUCCUUCGAUUGUCCAAUUGCUCCAAUCGAUUAUGGCUAUGUCUAAGGACGAUUCGAACACAAAUACAGUAAAUGCAUCGAAUCGUCGUCAUAAGAUUGAGGAAACCCUCCAACAAUACGUUCAACUUGUUGACAGAAUCUCUAGUGAGCAUGAGUUUGGAAAAAAGUUAUCCCCGGUCAAUGAACAUGUAGUUGUCUUGACAGGCUCAACUGGUUCUCUUGGAUCAUGUAUCCUAAGGACAUUGAUGCAAGAUAAAUCUGUAUCGCAUAUUUACUGUUUAAAUCGAGCCUCCUCUGCCCAUUCCCGUCAUCUGGAAAAUAAUAAAAAGAACAACGAAUCCACGGAUUUCCCAAACUCAAAAGUCACAUUUCUCAAGAUAGAUCUCUCUAAAGCUGACUUGGAUCUCGACGACGAAACAUACAAACGAAUUCAAAAUUCUGCAACAGAUGUCAUUCACAGUGCAUGGCCAGUAAACUUCAAUCUCUCUCUCGAAACAUUCAAGCCACAACUCGAUGGAAUAAUCAAUCUUCUGUCUUUCGUCUCCACGAUUCCACAUCGUGUCUCUCUUCUAUUCAUAUCAUCCAUCAGUUCAAUUCUGGGUCUCGAAUCAACACCCAUACCCGAGGCAAUUAUUGACGAUGUAUCGGCACCUCUUCCAAUGGGCUACGCAGAGAGUAAAUUCAUUUCCGAACGUAUUUUCGACCAUGCUGCUAGGAAGUUGCCCGUCGAUGUAAAGAUUGCUCGUGUAGGUCAGAUUGCAGGUCCUGCUUACACAUUUGGUGUAUGGAAUAAAUCUGAGUGGAUGCCUAGUCUAGUGGUUACUUCUUACAAUAUGGGCUUCUUACCAGAAAACCUUGGUAGUGAUGAGAUGAAAUUAGAUUGGGUACCAAUCGAUAUCCUCUCAUCUUCACUACUGGAUAUCGCAUUUAAUCACGAAUCUAAAGCCUCCGAUUCCGGUGCUAGAGUAUUUCAUCCGUUGAACCAGGCGCCUACGACGUGGAAUAAUCUACUCCCCAUCAUCUUGGAUACCUUGAAUUCUUCGAACCCUAAAUUCACUGUUACAACAAUUCCAUACACAGUCUGGCUUCAAAAAUUGAAAGACACGACAAGAGAAAAUGCAUCUAGCACUACGGAGUUGGAAGAGAUGUUGGAAAAGUAUCCAGCGAUUAAAUUGCUUGAAUUUUUUGAGACGUUGCCAGAGACGAAAUGGUCUGAUAAAGAUGUGGGGAAGUCGAUUGAAGCUAGUGUACAUUUGAAGGGUUUGAAGGGGAUUGAGGGGGCGUGGAUGAAAAGAUGGGUUGAGGGGUGGAUUUAG